AUGGAGGAGCAGCCGCCGCCGCCGCCGGUCCGCCCGCCAGUGAGCACGGCCUUAUCGGGCAGCCCACACCCCGGCGCCCCGUCCCCGGCCGGCACGCCUGGCGGGACCUCCUCCGCGGCGACGGCGGCGGCCGUGCUUUCCUUCAGCACCGCGGCGGCCGCGGCGCUGGGGAACCGGAGCGACGUGAGCGGGGCCGACAGCACUGGCGCCGCGGCUGGCGGCGGCCUCGGCGGGCGCGGGGCGGCGGGGGCGGCGGGGAGGCCGCGGCUGGGCCCCGAGGCGGCGCCGCUGCUGCCGCACGGGGCGGCGGUGGCGGCCCAGGCGCUGGUCCUCCUGCUCAUCUUCCUGCUGUCUAGCCUGGGCAACUGCGCCGUGAUGGGUGCCAUCGUGAAGCACCGGCAGCUCCGCACUGUCACUAACGCCUUCAUCCUGUCCCUGUCCCUGUCGGAUCUGCUCACGGCGCUGCUCUGCCUGCCCGCCGCCUUCCUGGACCUCUUCACGCCGCCGGGCGGCUCGGCGCCUGCCGCCGCCGCCGCCGCCGCGGGGCCCUGGAGCGGCUUCUGCGCGGCCAGCCGCUUCUUCAGCUCGUGCUUCGGCAUCGUGUCCACGCUCAGCGUGGCCCUCAUCUCUCUGGACCGCUACUGCGCCAUCGUGCGGCCGCCGCGGGAGAAGAUCGGGCGCCGCCGCGCGCUGCAGCUGCUGGCGGGCGCCUGGCUGGCGGCCCUGGGCUUCUCCUUGCCCUGGGAGCUGCUCCUCGCGCCCGGGGAGGCCCCGGCGGCGGCGCAGAGCUUCCACCGCUGCCUGUACCGGACGUCUCCGGACCCCGCGCAGCUGGGCGCGGCCUACAGCGUGGGGUUGGUGGUGGCCUGUUACCUGCUGCCCUUCCUACUCAUGUGCUUCUGCCAUUACCACAUCUGCAAGACCGUGCGCCUGUCGGACGUGCGCGUGCGGCCCCUGACCACCUACGCGCGCGUGCUGCGCUUCUUCAGCGACGUGCGCACGGCCACCACCGUGCUCAUCAUGAUCGUCUCCGUCAUCUGCUGCUGGGGGCCCUACUGCUUCCUGGUGCUGCUGGCCGCCGCCCGGCGGGCCCAGGCCGCGCAGUCUCCCUCUCUCCUCAACGUGGUGGCCGUCUGGCUGACCUGGGCCAACGGGGCCAUCAACCCUGUCAUCUAUGCCGUUCGCAACCCCAACAUUUCGAUGCUCCUAGGGCGCAACCGGGAAGAGGGUUACAGGACUAGGAACGUGGACGCUCUCCUGCCCAACCAGGGCCGGGCUCUGCAGGCUGGAAGCCUCAAUCCCCUACGAAACCGCUAUACCAACCGCCUGGGGGCCUGCAGCACGAUAUCCUCUUCCAACCCGACCAGCGGCGUGGCAGGGGAUAUGGCCAUGUGGGCUCGCAAAAAUCCAGUUGUGCUUUUCUGUCGGGAGGGACCACCAGAUCCUGUGACAGCAGCGGCUAAACAAUCUGGAGCCGGGGAUACCAGCCUCUAAGGAGGGCUGGGAUGCACAGCUUAUGAAGGCAGAUUUCCACCCACUUCUGUUAACUAGCGGGGAGAAUCGUGCAUUUCAUAAAGCCAAGCGUUUAAAGAAGAGACAGAGGGGAAGGCUUACCCCUUCCCUCCAGACAACAUAACAAGACAAUGUCCUUUCCUUCAGAAGUGCCAAAAGGAAUGUAAAAUGCAAAAAUUAAAACGAUCUUACACCACACAACCAAGCAUUGUGAACUGUCAGUGCCCAAAAUGACAAAAAUAAAAUUCACAAUUACUGAAAAGCUCAUGUUACAGUAAUCACACUGUGAAACAAACCAAAAAACUCAUUGAAUGCGACUGGUAUUUGUUCAUAUACAGAGUUCCAGGAAAGAAUGAAGACCUUAAGAACUGCUUGAAGGCCCCUCUACAUCACCAGCAUUCAAGGGAACUUCAGAUUUCUAGAGCCUGCACCUCUGACACAUGCCUAGGGUGCUUAGGAGUAGAAAUGUUUAUCUGUCUUUACAACUUUGGUGCAUUUUCUUCCCACUCCCUCCCCAUAAUCUCUGUGGGAAAUUUUAAAUUCAUAUCCCAUUUAAAACCAUUUUAGGAUUUUGAAGGUGAUUUAUUACUAUAAAAUGCAACCCUUUGAGGGGCGAACAGAAGUAUGAACAUAAAUGUGGAUAAUUUUUAAAGUAUUUUGAGAUUAUAUUUAGAAAUUAGUGUGCCACAUCACCCCCCACCCCCAAAUAUUUGCCUUGGAAGUUUUGAGACUUUCACCUUACUCUAACCUGCUACUUUUGUUUCUAAUGACUUAGAGGUGCCACUCUCAGAAAUCUUUCACAUUCUUAAAUGAUUUUCAUAGUAGAAAGUCUUUGCAUUUGAAGUAUAUUUGAUUUUUGGAUGCAUCCAACAAUGUAAUUUGAAGUCAAGUUGAUUGAAUCAUGUGAAUAAUGCAUAUAUACAUAAUAGGAGAACUCUAUGAAGUAAUCGACUUGGCUAUCCUACGUAGCUUUCAACUAAUCGAAAAUGAUUCCAAAGAGGAAUUCAAAAAAUAUUUUGAGAAGUGGAUGCAUUCUUGGAAUGAGCAUAAGGCUCUCCAAGAAGAUCGUGUUCUCCUACUUUUGGAAGUUUCGGUAUGUUUGUUUUUAAAAAAAGUUACUUUAUAGACAUGACAUCUAAAAUAAUGUGAUCUUUAUUCGAAAGGAAAAUGGCUGUGAGAUUAUUAUAUGUAAUAGAGUAUUCAUAACUUAAGCAUAAAGUCAGAGAGUUACUUUAAUCAAACUGGAAAUACCUUCAGAAAGGUGCAAAACAAAGAUGCUUUUUUAAAAAAAUUCAAAGCACGAUUCAGAAUUUGUAUGGGUGAAAUUUCUCCUGUUAAAUGCCACUGUACAUAGAAUCAUUUGCUCAGAAUUUUGAAAGAUGCUUUUUGUGUUUUCACCCUUUUUUCCAUCUUACUCCUUUUCUUCAGUGUUUCACAGCCUUAAUUGAAUAAGUACUUUAAACUAGAUAUGAAACAUCAGCUCUCCUCUAAAGAUUUUAAUGUGAAAUGGCCAUCUUUUUUUCCUUGUAAAGUAUUUAAACAUCUUUGUUAGUAUUUAAUUUUGUGUGUGUGACAGAUGGGUAUAUGUCAUUAUUUUGUAAUCAAAGAUGGAAA